AGCGGUGCAGUCACGUGACCGCAAGACGCUCGGUCCCCGCCGAGGCUCCGCUGUCGCCAGGCCAGCCGGCCAUUUUGGUACGUUAACAUGGCGUCGCCGCCGGAGAUUAAUAUGGCGUCCUCGGACAUAAUAACUGAAGUGGAGAUCCAACCGGACAUCCAGGAGGUUGAGAUAGAGGCGAUACCGGUGGAGAUACCGUGCGAGACCGUGGAGACGACGAUCGAGGGCGAGGACGGGCAGCCGAUGAUAGCGCUGCAGCCAUUGCCGGAGCCGGGCCGAGAAGAAAUCAUACUGCAGACGCAAGAGGAGAUCGUUGGCGCCGAUCCGCUUAGCGUAUACGACCAGAUUCCGGUGCCGGAUAACGACAUUUAUGUCGAGUCCAGCCCCGGGCCGUCGCGUAAAGCUGCUAAGAAGGCGCGUAAGAGCGGUGGCACGCGUUUUCGUGCCUCCGACCACGCGAUUUUCGGUGAGAUGGCCACCGAGACCAAGGCUAGAAAGUGGGAACAGAAGCAGGUGCAAAUCAAGACGCUCGAGGGCGAGUUUUCGGUAACGAUGUGGGCGUCCGGCACGGACGACGGUAACAUCCUAUUAGCGCCUGACCUGGAUGUGGAUGUUCCAGAUGAAGGUUCAAAUCCAGAACCGGAUCCGGACUACACGGAAUACAUGACGGGCAAGUCCAAUGCAAAGUUCAAUUCGAAUAGUUCGAUGUCAGACGGUAUGCCUGGUUUGGAUCUGUCGGAUCCGAAGCAACUUGCUGAGUUUGCACGACCCGGCCAUAAGCUGAAGGUGCGCAAACCGCCGGUGAUGGACGGUGUCGAGCGAACGAUCGCAUGCCCUCACAAAGGAUGCACGAAGAUGUUUCGAGAUAACAGUGCGAUGCGUAAACAUUUGCAUACACAUGGUCCACGGGUCCACGUGUGUGCGGAAUGUGGCAAAGCUUUUGUUGAGAGUUCGAAGCUAAAACGACAUCAGUUGGUGCAUACAGGUGAAAAACCAUUUCAGUGCACAUUUGAAGGAUGCGGCAAGAGGUUUAGUUUGGAUUUCAAUCUUCGUACCCACGUGAGGAUCCACACCGGUGAUCGGCCAUAUGUAUGUCCAUUCGACGGAUGCAGUAAAAAGUUUGCGCAAUCAACGAACCUCAAGUCACAUAUAUUAACUCACGCGAAGGCCAAAUCUCGGAACGCAAUUGGGAGACAAGUACAACAAAUCCAACUUACACAGCCUCAAUUUGUCCAAGUUGAAGUUGCAGAUGUGGACAAUCAACAGUUCAUUGUCUACGCCGAUUAGCCCCCCUAAACAUUGAUCUCGUAUAUCUCCCGCUGAACACUACUACUAAAGUAUCGUAACCAUUAAUUAUUAAUCUGAACAAUGUAAAUAUUUUUACGACGCGUACAAGUGAUGUCAUUACACGAGACAUGGACACUGUCUUAAGAGAAUUAAUGGAAGAAUAAUACCUCUGUGCUUAGAUACGAAUUUCUUAAAAAAAAAAUGGAGCACUAUAUUAUCGUAAAACACGAGAGGGCAAAUAAAGAGUUAAGUAAGAAAGGAAAAAAAAUAAAAAAAAAAAGAUAAUGUGUACCUUCUAAGAUAACAAGUUAGACUGUGUCGCGCACUGCUCAAUUUCUUGUUCCAUCAAGAAAAAUAGAGUGCGCUCGCAUAAUACACACUAUAUACAUAUACACUUACACACGUGCACACAUAUACACGAGACUGUAUAUAUAUAAAUAUAUAUAAGUACAAUUAAAAUAUUGUAUACAGUAUAUUUUGGAGAAAUUCAGAUGGGAAUAAACCAUGAAGAUGCAUCUUUUUCCGUCGGACUCAAUUGUAUCAUCUUGGUAAUAUAGAAAUUUUACACUAUGUAUAAUGCUGAAGACUUGUUGAUAGUUAAUGAUGAGAGAGAUAAAGAAGUUACGCGUGUGUAACGUAUAUUAUGAAAUCCGUAAAUAUAUCACGCAAUCUUUAUUGUAUGAUUCGGUAUCGUUUUUCUUUUUAUAUCGACGAGGUAUAAUCGGGAAGAUUAACGGGAUGCUUUUUUUUUCAAUAACGGAUAUGGGAAGAAAAUCGAAGAUACGCGAGAGAAGGAAAUUGUACAAAGAAAAGUAUACCGAAAUGCUGUUACUGCAUCCCGAUGUGAUAUUUAUGAAAAUGUUGCGACGUCUGCUCGCGCAUCGAACGGCUUGGAACGACUUCGGCGAUAUUUGAAAUUUCGAGCAAGAAGCAAUAUAAUUGUGGAUAGAUUUAAUAUCGAAUUAGAAUAAAAAAGUUAUUACUGCGUGCAUCUCUCAUUACAUCACCGAUCAUAAUUAUUCGCAUAUCAUAAUUUUAUACGGGCGAUAUUGACAGGCAUAAGUACACAUACCUAUGCACCAGCCUGCAUUAAAUUAAGCGAACUUUGGACAAUUUGUUUAAAUCCUACAAAGUAUAUAUUCUUUCAUAAAAAAAGAUUUUACUUUACAGCUGCAUAUAAUAUUCUUGUGGCUGUACCCAUCUGUUGGUAGUUUUCUUGUAUACAAUCUAAUAUCUUUUUAUAAAGAAAAAUAAGAGGAGAAAGGUGA